CCUUUCCCCGAACGCGGUCCCAAGUCGAAGUUUGUGCGAUGCAGCACAAAAUUUUGUAAACAUUAAACGCUGAAUCCACACGACCAGACCACGUGCGUUGCUGGCAUAUGAGGGCAUCGUUUUCUCAACAACCGCCGCGACGAUCGAAGCGAAGUCAAGUGUUCAUAUUACUAAAGCAUGGCGCUGCUGCAAUAAACAAAACACAGCUAAUACUUCCUUCGCACCAAGGAAAAAAACAUGCUGACACUUGUUAUGCAUACCGGCCGGCCGGCUUUGCAUGAGACCCCAAACCAAGUCCGAUUCCACAUAAAUUAAAGUGCUCGAGAUACAUUCUAUAGAGACGACUUUGUGUGCGACCACGACAACGACGUAAUUAUUGAAACCGGAGAUGCCGAGAACGACGCGUUUCCUUUUCUUACAGCAGCUAUAGCGAUAUCGGUCCGAGUAGGCGUUGGUGUGCUCCACUCCAGCGCAGGCUAAAUUCACUUUCGUUCUACGAGAAUCGAUUCAGUCCCAGUAGGCCAGCGGCUUCGAUCGGAUGAAAGUGUAGUGUGAGUUGAAUUUUGAUGUGAGAAGCGCAGGAGUUCUGGUUCUGGGUAGAAUAGAAAAGUGUCGAUCAAGGGACGACGAAUGUUAUAUAGGGAAGAAAGCAAAGUAACGAGGGACGAAAACGUCGUUAAUAUUUAUUACCCUACCACAUCUACCCGGGAAAAGGACCCCAGACAGAGUGAAGCGCAGCGUUGAUGCAUAAAACCGUUGGUGGGAAUUAGAUCUUGGUUUAGUUCGCUUAGAGCAGUUGGCUGGUGAGCAUCUGUCAGCAUGAUUCCAGCAUCGUUGUUAGUGAGUAAUCCCACUAUGGGAAAGUUGGCACAGGAGUUAGCAGAGAGGAAAGUUUGUAGGAUAUGCUUAAUCGAGUCGGAGAAACUAAUAGACGAUCUGAAUGACCAGCAGUGGAAUAUGAUCCUGACGACAUGCUUUGCAAUUUCGACGGUGAUCGCUGAAAGACUUCCGAAGUUUGUGUGUGAGGCAUGUUGUGAUUUUUUGGAAAAGUGCCGCGAGUUUAAACAGAUGUGUAAAAAGACAGAGUUGUUGUUGGUGUCUUACCCGUUGACCGGGAACUGGCCGGAGAGAGUUGAGGUUCCGAAUUGGUUACGACCUGUCCAAAAGCGACAGCUGCAGCAGGAAGGCGAAGAUGCUGUUUCGGCCAAGAAAGUUCGUACCACCAGUGAUGAAACUACGGUUGUUAUGCAAUGUGAUCGUAAUAAGUCUCCAAUCGGAACGAUACGUGUUCGUACAAACGAAGCACUCACGUUGCAAUCACCAACAAUAUCAUCUGAAAUGCAAACCCAGUUUAGUGUAAAUCAAGAACAUUCGAAUUCCAACACGCAAACGGUGAUACAGUACUGCCAAAACCAGCAGGCCCAGAACUCAUAUUCAACAUUACAGCCAUAUUCUCAAUACAAACCAUCACCUGUAUAUGUUGUUACAAAUCAAAACACGUCUAGCUGUCCGCUGCUUCAACAGCAGUUACAGCAAACUUCGUACCACCCACCACCCAUUAACUCACUGCAAUAUCUAACCAACUCCUUAACACAGCAAGUGCCAUAUCAGCAACAACAACAACAGCAACCGCAGUUUCAGCAAAUCACUCCUCAACAGCUCGUAACGCAGCAACCCGUUCAAGCUGUGCCUCUUCAACAACCAUCGAAGCAACCCGUAGCGACAACGACAGCCUACCGACCAAUUCAGCCAAGCACCGCGGUUCAAUGCACGACCUGUUCGUAUGUGUUUGCGAGCCAAAAUCACCUGACACAGCACAUGCGGAAGCACCUUGGCAACGCCGAGUACCACUGUGGGUGUGGUCAGCAGUUUUUCCAGUUGGCACAGUUCGUACACCACCUGAAACAGCACACCAACUGGUGCGGGCUGUGCGGCGAGCAGUUCCAGGCCGACUGGGAACUGAACGGCCAUUUGGAUCAGCAUUCGUUGGUGGGGUUGUCGCAGGCUUGCGACUUUUGUCCGCUGGUAUUCAUCGAUCAACCAAGUAGGCUACGGCACGUACGCAGGAAACACUCGGACGAAGUGCGGCAGCUGAUGAGCAUGAAUCCAAGCAGGCAUGGACAGUAGGGGGGGGGGGGGGGGGGUUAUUUGUUUUUACUAAUACACAAUGAGCUUUGUAUGACUGCCCUUUGAAUGCUUUUGAUUUCUGAUGACCGAUCAUUUGGGGAUA